CUUAUUAUUAAAUAAAUUAUGAGAACUCGAAAAGUUCAAGAUGGUUCAGUGGGUUUUGAGAUACGAGGAUAGAGUUAACCAAAAUUUAAAAGAAAAGGAUAAUUUGAGAAUUCUGAUGAUAUAUUAUUAGAUAUUCCAAAUGGAGAUUUGAUUGAAGGAAAAACUUAUUAUAAAACUAAUUGUGCAUCCUGUCAUCAUUUAGGUUUAUUUUAUCAAAAUUUUUAGAUGUAAAUACAAAUUUAGGACCUUCAUUAAGAACAGUCUACUUAAGAAGAUUCAGAAAAAAUUGGUCUAUGGAAUAUGGAGGAGGAGACUUAAACUCUUGCUAAAAAUUCAUUUGGAAUAGAAAAAAAUUAUGGGAAUUUUUAUAAAAUCCAGAAAAAAUGUUUGUAGAUACUGCAAUGUAAUUAGAUGGCAUCAAUGAUCCAUUUAUACUUGCUAGUGUCAUUGAUUAUCUUUAAUAUUUAAGAGUUUUUACUUCAGAUAACAAAAAAAUCGUAAUCUGAAAUCUAUAUAUGCUAGC